AUGGUCAAGCUCGUCAACUCUCUCCUGACACUCGUCUGCCUAACCCUGUGCUCGGGUGCUCCGGCCAAGUGUGCCGCUGCCUGGCCGAAUGGUCCCUUUGUGACAUCCGGCCGGGACAUUCACGAUGCAUCCGGGGCAAACGUCACGUAUGCAGGUGCCAAUUGGCCUGGUGCUGCAGACGUCAUGAUCCCCGAGGGCUUGCAGUAUCAGUCAAUCCCGACAAUUGUGUCUAAAAUCAAAAGCCUCGGCAUGAAUGCCAUCCGCUUGACUUACGCGAUUGAAAUGAUCGAUCAGAUCUACUCCAAUGGCGGAAAAGAUAUCACGCUCCAGACAGCGUUCACAAAGGCAUUGGGGACAACGAAUGGAACAAAGGUCUUGAACCAGUUGCUUGCCAAGAACCCGAGCUUCACGGCGAGCACAACAAGACUGCAGGUCUUCGAUGCCGUCGCUGCCGAGUGCGCGAAACAGCAGAUCUAUGUCCACUUGGACAACCACAUCUCCAAGGGCAUGUGGUGCUGUAACUCAGGGGACGGCAACUCGUGGCCGGGAGACACAUACUUCUCCAUCGCCAAUUGGACUCGCGGUCUUUCGUACAUGGCCAACCACGGUAAGGCGUGGCCGAAUCUGAUGUCGAUGGCCCUGCGCAACGAGCUGCGCGAGCCGACCAAUAACUCGACACUCUCCUCGCAGACGUACAACUGGCAAUACUGGUACACAUACAUCAAGCAAGGCGCAAAAGCCAUCCACGACACCAACGCGGACGUGCUCAUCUUCCUGUCCGGCCUCAACUUCGAUACGUACCUCACACCCGUCGUGCGCGGCACCGCGCUCACGCCCGGCACAGGCGUGUUCUCAUUCAGCGACUUCGCGGGGUACGCCAACAAGCUGGUGCUGGAGAUCCACAACUACGAGAACAGCGCGACGUCAUGCUCGUCGCUGCAGAGCAACCUGUACAACAACGGAUUCCAGGCGCUGACCAGCUCGGCUGUGAACAAGUUCCCAGUGCUGCUGACCGAGUUUGGGUUCGCGAUGGACGCGACGACGUGGAAGGGCGUGUAUGCGAGCUGCAUCGCUAGCUACAUGCCGGCGCAGAAAGCAGGCUGGUUCAUCUGGGUGCUGGCGGGCAGCUACUACAUCCGGAGCGGGACGCAAGAUUAUGAUGAGAGCUGGGGAUUGCUGAAUCACGACUGGAGCGCGUGGAGGAGCCCGAGUUAUGUGAAUGGGGCGCUGAUUCAGAUGGUCAACGGGACGCUGCAUUGA